AGUGUAGCUAGAAACGAAGCUCAACAGAUAUUGGGCAACAAAAACGGAAAACAAACAGGUUUUACUCCGUGUUAAGAAUAAAGUUGCACUUUCCAACUGAUGGAAGUGUGACACAAUACGUAAACAAACAGAUUUCUUUUAUAUAUUAGCGAAGUAAACCAAAUAAAACUCGAAAAAUGGAUACUCCAAGUAUUAACCCCAAGGAUCAAGAAUACAUCAGUGCAAAAUCUUACCUGUUACAGACAAGCACAGACUCAGGAUUCAACUUGUAUGACCAUCUUAGCACAUGUCUUACCAAAAUCCUUGAUGAAAGACCAGAAAAUGUCUAUGAUGUUUUUGAGGACAUCAGCAAAGACACCAAGCGUUCCAAAUUCACAUCUAACGUAGACACAGUCCAAGAUAAACUUGCAUCAACAGAAGUUGCAUUAGCUCAAGUCCAACGGAAAUUGUUUGCAAAGGGAGAAGGUGAAGAUGCAGACCAGGAUCCAGAAGAUGAUGCAGAAACUCCUCUGCCCAACCUUAUGGAGCUCGCUUUCUACUUCGAGCAAGCAGGCGUAGGUCUGAACCGCGAGGAGGUGAUCCGUGUGUGGAUGGCUUUGAAACAGCUGGUAGACACCCACAAUCUGCAGCAUGUGCGCUUCUGGGGAAAGGUGUUUGGUACAGAACAGAGUUACUACGUGGCUGAGGUCGAGUAUCGGGAGGGUGAGGAAGAACAGGAGGAAGAGGAAGAAGAGGCUGAGGAGAAUGCAGAUGAGGACACAGAGAAAGAGGAAGGAGAGGAGGGUGAGGAGGAGGCAGAAGAAGAUGACACACCCAAGCCUGACUUUAAGCCCCCACCUGUCGUGCCCAAGGAGGACAAGGCUGGCCCAAACAAGAAAACAUACUUUGUUUGCAAUGACCCUGGCAAGCCAUGGAUAAAACUCCCACUUGUUACUCCUGCCCAGGUCACCGCAGCCAGAAGCAUCAAGAAAUUCUUCACCGGCAGGCUUGAUGCUCCAGUUGUGAGCUACCCACCAUUCCCUGGCAAUGAGUCCAACUACCUGCGGGCCCAGAUCUGCCGUAUCUCUGCAGGCACCCACAUCUCACCACUGGGCUUCUAUCAGUUUGAUGAAGAGGAGGAGGAAGAGGAGGAAGGAGAAGGCCGAGACAACUUUGUAGAGAACCUCGACUUUGAGGGUAUCCCCGUCAAGGAGUUGGUUGACCCGUCACUCUCCAACUGGGUCCAUCACGUUCAGCAUAUACUGCCUCAGGGUCGAUGUGUAUGGUGGAAUCCUGUCCAGAAGAACGAGGAUGAAUUUGAAGAUGAGGAAGAAGAGGAAGAACGUGAAGAGCCUGACGAGCCAGAGCCUGAACAGGGUCCCCCACUUCUUACCCCCCUCUCAGAAGAUGCUGAGAUCGGCAGUAUGCCCCCAUGGACAUCUAGACUGUCAUCCAAUCUCAUCCCACAGUAUGCCAUCGCAUGCAUCAACUCUAACCUCUGGCCAGGAGCUCACGCCUUCGCCACUGGAAAGAAAUUUGAGAAUGUGUAUGUUGGCCAUGGUCACAAGUACUCCCAGGACAACUACAGCCCACCAUCAGUGCCUGCAAUCAUGGAGGAGUUCCCGAGCGGCCCUGAAAUCACUGAGGCGGAAGACCCAACCCCUGAAGAGGAGGCAGCAUUGCGCGCGGCACGGCAGGAGGCCGCAGAGGCUGCAGAGGACAUGGAGGAGGCUGAAGAAGAGGGGAGUGAUGAGGAUUAGGUUACACUCAACUAUUAAAUGUGACAUUACACUCCUCUCCUCCAUUUUUCAUGAGAAUGAUUUUAUAAAUGUGAUGGACAAAACUUGCAUUUCUAUUCAUUUAGCAUUACAGUGUCUUCUUGGUUUACUAUUUAUCUAUUCAUGAAAAAAAAGGAUAAAGAAUUUAAAUAUUUAAAGCAUGCUCCUCGUUUUUGUUUGUUUACAAAAUGAUACCUGUGUGUUACAAUUUCUAGUUUGUCACAACAUAUGUUAAAUGAAUGUGUAUACCAUAGGAAAUCUUUUUAUUCCAAAGAUCUGUCAAACAACGUCUCUGAUGAUUCUUCGUAUCGUUUUUACCUCUUUUCUCUAUCAAGAAGCAAUCGGUUGUCAUAAUUUUUUAUAUGUUUUCGUUGCAAUUCUUUGACUGAGAUUUUGACUGUGAUAUGAAAGGUGGUACAGUUUCAAAUGUCUCUGCUUUCUUCUUGAAGCAGUUUUGAAAAUGUAAAGAUAUUUCGUAUAUUUAUGAAUAAAAUAAUAACAAUUUGA